AUGGCAAGAGUUAAACAAACACCACGUCACGCACGUGAGAAUCAGGAAAGGAAGAAAAGACGUAAUAAACCUGGAACCGUAGCGCUUCGUGAGAUCAGGAAAUUCCAAAAAACUUUCAAAUUACUUAUACCAUAUGCUCCAUUCGUAAGAUGUGUCAGGGAAAUUACAAGCCAAGUAUCUUCAUUGGUUACACGCUGGACGCCUGAAGCAUUGUUAUCACUUCAAGAGGCAGCUGAGGAUUGCCUAGUUCGAAUGUUUGAAGCUGGAUGGCUCUGCGCACUUCAUGCAAAGCGUGUUACCCUUAUGAAAAAGGAUAUUGAAUUGACGCGCAGGCUUACCGGGAUAGGAAGACCUUGGUGA